GAGGUGCGCCCGAAAUAUUUUCGUGCCUCGUCCGCUGUUGUACCUCUAGAGACGUGAUAGGUUAUAACUCGGACGUACGUCGUACAUAUAACCUAUUAUAAAAUAAUAAAUAUAUAUUUAUUGUUACAAUUCCCGAUUCCGAUACUUUCUUCGUCGGUAAUUAUAAGUUCUUGAACAAACUUUAUACAUAAGUGAUAAUACAAAUUAGGUUGAAAAAACAAUGAACAAACGACAUGAAAAAAGGCAACACUCCUGUUGUAAAGAGGAAGAGAAAAAUAUCAGUGAAAGUGAAGAUGAGGAAUAUUUAGAAGAAGAAGAAGAAAUUCCAUAUUUUGAAAAUUCCUCUGAAAGUGAACCUGAAAUUGAAUGUGAUGAAUGGGAUCUUGACUCUCAGAUAUUAUCUAUUACUUCAAGCAAUUUAAAAAAUAUUAAAGGGUGUCAUUUAAUGGCUACCUGUCAAAAUGAUCCCAAUCUCAUACCUAAAAAAAAAUUAAAAUUACAACUAACUUUUAAUACAAAGCUUACCGAAUCUUCUAUGAUGAAAAUUUUACAAACUCAUUUUAAGCAAAACUUGCCAAUGACAAAUGGAAGUGUCACAUUGCUUACAAAUCCUUUUAAAGUUUUCAUCAUAAAUAAUUUGAUCAAUACAGAGACAGUAUUGAAGGAGCUAAGAUUGGAAUUAUAUGAUUUGUAUUUUAAUUUGAGAAAUAUGGAUCUAUAUGAAUUUUUUCAAUCUAAGGACCUACAGUAUUUAAAAAAUUCUAAACAUAUUGAAAAUAUUUAUGAAUUUUUGAGAACUGACAUUAUGAAUUGGAUCUCAGAUAUAACAGAUUAUAAACUCACUCACAUGUCAGCAACUUGUAGUUUAUACACUAACACUGAUUACCUUUUGAUACAUGAUGACCAAAGAGAAGAUAGAAUGGUAGCAUUUAUUUUGUAUCUGGUAGAUGAUUUCCAGUUUGCCAAAAAUGAUGGUGGUGCCCUGCAGCUUUUUUCAAAAGAUGAAUAUGGGCAACCCAAGGAGGUUGUUAAUGAACUUUUACCAACUAAUAAUCGGUUAAUCAUAUUUCCUGUUACUUAUGAUUCUUAUCAUCAAGUUGCAGAAGUAACUAGCCUAAAUAAAUACAGAUUAUCAAUAAAUGGAUGGUUUCAUACUAAAAAGCCACCAGUAUUCACUACACCUUUAUAUGUUACUCCAUCAGAAGGUUUAUACAGCCAAAAUUAUUUACAUUCUAAAGCUGUUGAUAUUAAUUUGGAAUCAUGGAUCAAUGAUGAAUAUUUAGAUCCCAAAGCUAUUAGAUUGAUUCAGAAACAUGUAGAGGAAAACUCUGAGAUUUCAUUGAGAAAUUUUUUUAAAAAAGAAUCAUUCCAGGAAGUUUCAGAAAAUUUACAACAAAAUGAAAUAAUUUGGAAAAAAACCAGUCCAAUUAACAGAUACAAUUAUGAAGUAGCAGGGAUUUCACAACUACCACAUACAAUUGAACGAUUUAUAAGCUUAUUUCAGUCCAGUCAGAUGUUCAAAUUGCUUCAGCAAUACACUGAUUUAGAACUGGGCAAUAAUAAGGCAGUCAUGAAAUUUGAGUUGCAAAGAUGGAGACCUGGAAAUUAUGCGCUAUUAACGGAAGAAUACGACUGGAAAAUAAAAAACGAGCUAGAUCUUAUAAUGUAUUUUGGAUGCAAAACUCCAACUGAUGUUAUAGGGGCAAGAACCCACUAUGUGACGAUAGAAGACGAAGUUCAAAACGCACUCAUAACAAUCGAACCGCAAGACAAUAAUUUAAAUAUUGUAUAUAGAGAUAGUGCUAGAUUUACCAAAUACUUUAGCAAGCAGAGUAAAUGUCAUUGCUUUUAUAUGUUAAUUUGUUCUUAUUCAGAAUAAAGUAGGUUACAUGUCAUACUA